AUGAAGGCCUCACAGUUUAUCGCCUACCUAUUGGCAUCGCAAGCAAUCAGCGCUGCUUCUCUACCUGAAUUUAACAAUGCGCUCAAUAUCCUCGAAGACCGCCGCGUCGUUCCUGCAUCGGAAGUCGUCUCCCCAGACCACACGCUAGAGCGUCGCAAGGGCGGCGGUGGACGUGGCGGAGGCAGCAGUGGAGGCAGCAGCAGCGCCUCUCCCACAUCCAACACCGGCGGCUCUACAAGCACAGGCUCGGGCCCAUCACGCUCAUUCGGCGGAGGACGAUACUACGGCGGCGGCGCUGCCGUACCUUACUCCGCCGGAAAAAAGACUCCAAAGGGUCUUUCACCCGGUCUCUUGCUUGCGCCCGCAGCAAUCCUCCUCAUCAUGCCCGGUCUCUGGCUCUACAGCGUUUACCCAUACCACUACAGCAACCCCUACCGCUUCUACAACCAGUCCGCUACCGAUGAUGAUGACAACGACAGAAAGAGGUCGCUCUGGACCCGCCAGACACAGGGUCGCAAUGAGACGCUACCUGUUAUGUGUCUUUGCCAGGAGUUCAGCGUUUGCGGCUGUGACGAAAACGACGACCAGCAGUACCUUGAUGAUCUGGUUGGCAACGGAAGCUACGCUGCGCUCAACAAGUCGCUCAUCACUGUUUCUGAUGUCAAUGGCACUAAGACACUCGUCCUCAAUGGUACUCUUCCCAAUGGCACCACGGCGCCUGGCGGUGAGGGUGCGGCUGCUAGCUUGACAGUUGGCAACCUUGCUGGCUACUACGCUGUUGCUCUGCUCGUUAUUGCUGGCGUCAUGCUGUAA